UAUAUAAGUUAUAAAGACUUCACCAUGAGUCAAACGUGCUUAUAUAUAAAGAAAUAAACUCAGGCAAAAAUGAAUUCAGCCUACUCAAACAAGAUUUAUUCCAAUUCCAAACGAGUUAAUUUCUUGAAACAUUAACAGCAAUCUGCUGCCAUGGGCGGGAGUAAGCGGAGCAUUGGGAAGAUUAAAGACAUACUUAUGAAAGCACUGGAUGACCUUGUUAGUGUGAACUCAAUAUUCACAGUAGCUGUCUUCCUGGGCUUAUCUUUUGCCUCUCCCACCGGGCUGCAUAGCCUUGAAGUUAACCGACCUGAAUGUGACCCAGACGUUAAGAUGGUGAAGCGACUGAUCAUGUAUGAAGUUGUGUCAUUUUCUAGCUUCCUCCUUUCGAGCCUGGUAGCAAAAUCACUCAAGAUUUUUCUCAGCAUUUUUUACCCCGACACAGAUCCAUCAGAUUCGGAUAAUAAAGCCAAGGCUAGUUCAGAUAACAAGCUGUUUCACUCAGGCAGAGGCUUCAUGUUCGGAAUAUCAAUACUUGCGUCAAUUGUUGGAGUGUUGUUUUUAACAAUUUCGAUGAAGUACGUGGUUGAGAUAAAGAUAGGGAAGCUGUCCUGCGGGAUCCAUGAGACUUGGGCUUCUGUUAUUGCACUGUGUGUGUUAGUGGCUAUUGCUCUCUUUUUUUACUUACCCUUCAUGUUGAUUGCUCUAAUUUAUUGCAUGAUAGAGCCAUAAAAAUAUGGCAUAUAAAUUGUGGGAUAUAAUAUAUCUGGCAGACAGCAUAUAGGAUGCUGUUUCUUGGAUUGCUUUAAUUUGCAUAAUUGUCAUUGUAAAAUUUUACGCCCUGCUAUUAAUAAAGCAACCUGCGUUGAUAUCA